GUCCACAGAUGUCGCAAAUAUGGAGUCUGCUCUGCUUCCUCAUUGGCACAUCAUAUGCAACCGAGGUCUGUUUUGAUGAGCUGGGCUGCUUUGGUGACCUUCCUCCCUGGGGAGGCACUACUCAGAGACCAGCUACCAUUCUGCCCUGGCACCCUGACGAGAUUGACACCCGCUUCCUCCUCUUCACCCAAAAGAACCGUUACUACCAGGAGAUCAAGACUGACAAAACCAUCCAGGCAUCAAACUACGGUGGGAUGAGAAAGACGCAGUUCAUCAUUCCUGGUUUUCUGAAAAAAGAAGAUGAGGACUGGCCACAGGAGAUGUGUAAGGUUGUGGUAAAGAAGGAGAAUGUGAACUGCAUUGCUGUGGAGUGGAAGAAAGGUGUGAAGACUCAGUAUGCCCAGGCUGCCAAUAAUGCCAGGGUGGUGGCUGCCCAGGUGGCAUUCAUGAUCAAAUUCCUCAUGGACACCUACAAGCAAAAGGCUAAUAAGUUCCAUAUAAUCGGACACAGCCUUGGAGCUCACAUAGCAGGAGACGCUGGUAGCAGGACCACUGGCCUUGCACGCAUCACAGGACUAGACCCAAUUGAACCUUACUUCCAGGACACUGAUACCUCUGUACACCUGGACACCAGCGACGCCGCCUUUGUGGACGUCAUUCACACAGAUGCUCUUCCUUUCAACUCCAAACUUGGUCUGGGGAUGUCACAACCUGUGGGCCAUAGUGACUUCUAUCCGAAUGGAGGAGAACUGAUGCCCGGCUGCUCCGCCAACAAAGGCCGCCCCUCUGACCUGGAUGCUUUCUGGGAGGGUUCCAAGAAGUUUGAUGCCUGCAACCAUGUCCGAGCCUACGAGUACUACAGUGAGAGUGUGGCGAAACCCCAAGGCUUUGUAGGAUUCUCCUGCUCUGACAAGGACAGUUUUGCUGCUGGAAAGUGUUUCCCAUGUGCAGACAAAUGUCCUCUGAUGGGCCACAAUGCUGACAAGUUCACUGUGACUGAUGGCAUUUCAAAGAAGUACUUCCUCAACACGGGCAGAUCAAAGCCCUUUGGCCGUUACAGCUACAGAAUGUUGUUAACCCUGGAUGGUCCUAGCUGGCCUAACCCAGGCGUCAUGUUUGUGACACUUACUGGAGCCAGUGGCAGCACCAAGGAGCACCAGCUUCAUUCGGGUAUACUGAAGCCUGGAAGGACCUAUGAGGUGCUUAUCAAUGCUGAAGUGGAUGUAGGUGAUGUGACAGAGGUGAAGUUUCGGUGGAACAACUACAUCCUUAACCCCUUGAAACCCAAGUAUGGUGCAUCCAAGGUGGAGCUUCAGAGAGGAAAAGACAAGCAGAUCUUCUUGUUCUGCGGAACAGAGAAUGUGGUGGAGAAUGCCAUCCAGUCUGUGCUUCCAUGCCCUGCUUAACCUGCCACAAUCAUCAUGUUACUCAGGGUCUUUCAAUAAAGAUUUUGCACUCAGACC